AUGACGUCUACUAAUCUAUCUACUUUCGAGGCCGCCAUCGUAGACACUUGUGAAAAAUACCAGGAAGCGCACUGGGAGGAUCCGGACUACCGCCCCUGCGUAUCUAUCGAUGGAACAUACUUCGUGAAGUUCAAGGAGACAAGGUUUCUGUGGCCUGAAAUUGCAACGCAUGUGUACAUCUCCGAGUAUGCACAGUCUCAGCCAGAAACACCAGGCAUGCCACGCAUCUCCAAAGUGAUACACCACUUUACAGACCAAAACAUGAUGUAUAUGGUCAUGGAACAUAUUACUCUCACGGACACCUCUCCAGACCCCACCAAGAUAGCUGAGGCUCUCAGAUGGCUUUCGGAGGUUCCAGCUCCUCCCGACCAUGUGUUCGGUCCCUUAGGGGGCGGUGUCAUUCGCCAUAGCUUCUUCAAGGACUACGAGGCGCCUCUGGUUUUCUCGAGCAUCGAGGCUCUAGAGCGUUACAUAGAGAAAGUGCGCCCUUGCUUAUAUUUCCUCGACCCUCCGCUAAUAUCUAAUCUGGGCCAGGCGGGAACGUAUUUGUCGAAGUUGCGCAGGACACCACUGGAACGUGUCAGUCUUAGCGGUGAACGUAUAAUGUUCACGCAGCCCGACAUGCACCCCAGCAACUUCGGCGUCGACGAGCACGGGAACACGGUUCUGAUGGAUUUCGGGGAGAUAGCGAUGUUGCCGGAAUCCUUCGUAGCGUUUACGCUGGCACAGUAUGAGAGCCAAGCCGCUAGCGCUACUGCUAGGUCUAUUGGCUUGUCGCGCAGAUCUCAUCUUACCUCCAUGGCUGUAAUAGCCUCUGUUUUGUGGAUGAUAGCUGACCCGAGACUCGGCCUGAACGAGGACGGCUAUCCCAAGGCGUCCGUCCGCAAACGCUAG